CGUGACGGAAGUAAAACAAGACGGAACUUCCGUUUCCGAUUUUUUUUUCCCCCAGCGUUUUGUUGUUAAAAUUUGGGAAAAAAGCGGAGAAUCGAAUUGAAAAUUGUUAUGCUCACCCCUAAACGUGAAGUAAACGUUAAUAAGGAAAAUGAACAAAAACGUGGAGCCAGCAGCAGCGACUGGACGCAGCAGAGGGAGAAAUCUGGGAGAUUUACUCUGAAAGAUCAGCCGCAGACGGCUUUCACGUUUAACGGAAAAGGAGCAACAGAGGAUAAAUCAGGAUGCUGUUUUAAUUCCCCGCGUUCAUAUUUGUCUUCCCUGUAGAUGUUCAGCAGAUGGUGUUGAUUAAAGAAGAGGCUUCUGAAGAACGGAGGCCUGGUGUGAGCCAGAUGGACCUGGAGACCCUCAACGUGAAGGAGGAAGUGGAGGAGCCAUUUAAUGAAUAUGAGAUGAUGGAGACUUAUGACACCAGCGUUUCACCCACUGCAGGUUUUUGUCAGUUUCAGGAGGAUGAAGAUAAGGUUCUGUUGUUCAAUCAGCACCAGGCUACAGACAGAGAUCUUCCAACCAGCAGCUGUCCUGACUACAUGAAAACAGUAAGUGACGGAGAGGACUGUGGAGGAACAGAAAGUGACAGGAAUCCAGAUCUAAAUCCUUAUGAAGAUAAUUCCAACUCUUCAGAGACUGAAAUCAGUGAGAAUGAAGAUGACCAAUUUGCGAACAGUUGUGACUGUCACUUGAAACCCUUGUCAGACUCUGACCCAGAAACUGAACAUGGUAAUAAAGAAUGGAAUGAGAACAGGUCUGCUGAGUCAGAUGUUAAGGCUGUGGACAAACCUUUAAGCUGCCCUGAGUGUGGUAAACCCGUUCUCCGCAAGUGUCUUCCCCAGAAACACGUGAAAGUUACAAGUCUUACAGCAAUAAGCUCUUCAAGCUGUUGGAGCAAUAAGAAAGGUGAUGGCAUGAAGCAAAAUGUAGACGCAUGCAUGGCAGUCCAGACAGAAGAAAAAUUGUUUAGUUGUGAUUUUUGUGGAAAAACUUUUAACCAUAAAUCAAAUUAUAACAAUCACAUAAGAGUCCACACAGGACAGAAGCCGUUUACUUGUGAUGUUUGUGGACAAACAUUUAGUGAAAAGUCUAGUUUAAACCGACACACGAGAGUCCACACAGGACAAAAGCCUUUUAUUUGUGAUGUAUGUGGACAAAAGUUUAGACAAAAGACACAUUUAAAUGGUCACAUGAGAGUCCACACAGGACAGAAACCUUUUGCUUGUGAACUCUGUGGACAAAGAUUUAGCCAAAAAACAAGUUUAAACUAUCACUUGAGAGUCCACACAGGACAAAAACCCUUUGCCUGUGAUGUUUGUGGAAACAGUUUUGGCCAAAAGAAAAUAUUAAAAAUUCACAUGAGAGUCCACACAGGACAGAAGCCCUUUGAAUGUAAGAUCUGUGGACAAAAAUUUAGCCUCAAUGCACAUUUGAACAGACACCUAAGUGUCCACACGGGACAUAAACCUUUUACAUGUGAUGUUUGUGGAAAAGGAUUUAGCCAAAAGGCUAAUUUAAACACUCACAUGAGAGUCCACACAGGACAGAAACCUUUUGUGUGUGAUGUUUGUGGAGAGAGAUUCAGGCACAAGAUAAGUUUAAAUGCACAUACACAAGUCCACACAGCAAAGCCCUGAUUUAAUUACAAGGCUCCCUAAUGAUACCAUUUUAAUUUUCACAUCCUAGUUUUCAGUCCUGCACCUCUGAUGGCAGUCAGAGAUCGGUGGUGCCCAAUCCUGGUUCUGGAGGGCUACUAUGUAGACACACAUGAUCAGUAGAAUUUAUUAUAUUUCAUUAAUAUGUUUAGCUAUACUCGAAAAUGCUAAUAACAUUUAAUUACUACUGAUGAAAGUGUAAAUGUGCAUAUCUAUUGUAUUAUGUAUGGGUUGGUAAUAAUACAUUCUAAAUUAUAUUCAAUGAUAGAAGGGGUUGUUAAUCACAUACAACGGGUUGCCGUAGCAUUAAGGAGCAGACUCGCAGCAACAACCUGAUUCCAGGUGCCUGCUGUGGCUCUGCCACAAUCUGCUGCAGACCGCUGCAAAUAAACACAAUGGUGGGGAUUUUUCUCCCACCUGUAGCAUUUAGUUUUUCACAACCAUUGUGGGUUUUUUUCCGGAACCCCAUGUGAUCGUGAGCAUACUAGCCACUAGCAUUAGCCAAUUUGCUCAUUGUUUCACUCGUGAUCCCAAACCUUGGACUGUUUCUGCUUUUUACAAUGGUUUGUGUCUAUUUUCCUCCACAGCACAGAGGUUAGUGCUCCAGUAAACGUGUUCAGACUGGUGCGCACAUUUAACAAAGCCUCAAAUCUGUAAAAAAAGAUUAGAAUAAUUUAACAGGGUAUCCGCGGGUCCUUAAAAAGUCUUAAAUUUGCUUUUCCAAAUUUAAGGCCCUAAAAAUCCUUAAAAAUGACAAAUAAUCCUUAAAUCCAGUUUCCAAAGGUCUUAAAUGACCAAAGACCCAAAUAAACAAGAUUCUUUUAUUUCUACAAAAUGUUCGUGACUUUCUAGUUAGUGUUCAGCAUUUUUUGUGUACGAUAUUGGCGUAAGCGGAACCGUACACAUUCAGUUGGUUGUGAAAGGGGGCUAUUUUUAGAUUAGCACAUUAGCUGGUUAAGCUAGGAGUUUGUGCAAGUUUAUUUGUAACUGGAUGGCUAAUCCCACGUUCGUGACGCGGUUAGCACCGGUUUCAGGCAAUAGCUGGAAAUUAUAGCUCAAAUGUAAUUAAAAAAAAUAGCUUAAAUUUUUUCAAAGUGGCCUUAAAAAAGGUCUUAAAAAGUCUUAAAUGUGGCUCCCUUAAACCUGCAGAUACAAGGAAUCAAACCAUUCAAUAAUUUGUUUCAGUCCUAAUAACCACGGUUUCACAAUUGCCACGAUUAUUUUACGUGCAUUUCACAUCUGUAUUAACAUGUAUAAAUCACACAAACACAUGUUUUGAACUCCAUAAGAUAUUUAUUACUGCUUUACAGAGAUACUGCUUAGGAAAAUGUAUUUGUAAACCAAAAGCAAUCUGCUAUUUAUUUACAGUAUAAAACCUAAAAAAAAACUCUUAAUUGUGACAAACAUUUAUCUGUUGACAACUGCUCUGGGUUAGGGUUCAUAAAACAUGGCUUAUACCAAACUAUAUGGUGUUAAUUUAAGUUGUGGGCAUGAUGUUUAUUCAGGUCAACAAUGAAGGAUGGAAGCACCUAAUGAAGUGAGAUGCUAAAUUCCAACUAGUGCAGUUGUUAUGAAUAUUCUAAAUAUAUUUUCUACUUGAUAUCUUUAUUUUCAGUUUAACUAUAUAUGUGAAUAUGUAGUUUUGCCACGACCCGUUGACGGAUCUCAGUUGUGGGGUUGGAUCUACGGUUGUCUUCCAAACUGUCUUUGCAUGCUAAUGGACAACAAACAACAUGACCUACUCACCGUUUACAGAUGUCAGUCAACGGGACAGUCCACCAUACACUGUCAAAGACACAAAUACAUUCUUUUUCCAAAUAAAGAACUUAAGUUUUUCUAUCUGCUCUUGACUCAAAGAAAAGCUCAAGUCUAAAUUGUCCAUACUAGGUGCCAAAGCUGUUUUAAAUGAGCUGUUGCCAUCUUAGUUUUUCUCAGUCGUAGUAACAUUCCUCCCACCAAACUGAUAGAGCACUGUGAUUGGCCCAUACAACUGAUAGAGCACUGUGAUUGGCCCAUAAAACUGAUAGAGCACUGUGAUUGGCCCAUAAAACUGAUAGAGCACUGUGAUUGGCCCAUAAAACUGAUAGAGCACUGUGAUUGGCCCAUAAAACUGAUAGAGCACUGUGAUUGGCAUUCCACCAGACUGGUCAGGGGUGUCAUUUAUCAAACAUUGCGUAGAAUCAUUACUAAAACCGUACUUAAGCUCAGCAAAAGAAAUGUACUUACGCCAAGUAGGAUUGUGAUCUAUCAAACAUGGAGUACGCAAAGCUGCACGCAAUCUCCGCUUCAUAAAUCAGAGACUAACGAGACUGUUUCUCAGCUGCAUUUUAGUCACAUCCCGCCCUCACCACGCCCACUUACUGCCAUAAAUAGUCAAUGCAAAGUGCCUUGUGGAUCUCAUGCAUAUACAUAAGCUGGCUGUUGCAGCGCUCCUCCAAUGACAUGGCGACCGUAGAUCAAGGCAGAUCAAGGAAGCACAAUUUCACAGAAGCAGAAAUUGAGGUACCGGUGGGUGAGGUGGAGAAAUGAAAGGAAGUGCUUUUGCAAAACAAGUAAGAGAAAAUCCACAGAGUGGCACAGCGGUGCUGAAGCCGUCAAUGUUGUGAAUUCUUCAGAGAGAUCUGUGGCGGAUAUAUAAAAAGAAAUGGUUCAAUUGGGAUUCAAUCCCCAGACUCCCGAGUGAAAGUUACGCGCACUAACCAGUCAGCUAAAUGAAGAUCUCCCCUUUUCAACUAGCCAGGGUGCAUGAUCAAUCGGGUCACAGUGACAGGACACACACUGUCACAGAUGCAUGACAUUCUGUCUCAAAUCUGUCCCCCUGCUGAUAUUCUGCAUUCCGUAUUUUGCGCUUCAGGCUCUGUGUGUGUGUGCACGUGCACGUGUGUGUGUGAGUGUGCGUGCAUGUGUGUGUGCGUGCGUGUGGGGGUCUUGUUCUGUAUGAAAACAAAACGGUACAAGUGAUAAUGCUGGAGGAUUUCAUAAUUGUAUCCUUCUCAGCAGCAGCACUGCAGGUGCUCUCCAUGUCCAACAUGUGCGUAAGCCAGGUCCUUAGUCAACUUAAAGUUGCGCACAUUUUUCCACUAAGUUUUAUUUCAUAAAUCUCAAAGUUUGCGUGGAAAGUUUCUUACGCAGUUUUCCAACCCCGUUUUGUGCGUAAGCAAGCUUGAUAAAUGAGGCCCCAUGGCUGUGGAGGUUCCAGUGGAGCGUGGCUAGACCGACAUGCAGAGCAAAAUCAUUUUGUUUCUGAUACUAUCUGUCUAGAUUUCUAGGCUUGGGUAAUCAGUCUUGUUCAAAACGAUCUUUGUUGUAGUGUGUAACGCAUCGUCAUUUGACCAAUCACAGUCACAGAGACAGCAUGCCAAAAAUUGUUUACACGCUGCAGCAUCAGCAUCUCACAGCAGUUGGAGGUUUAUCUAGAUGUUCUCUAGGUAACACGUGUAGAGGGUUGAGUGGUUUUAAUAAACAGUUGGAGACGGAUUUACCAUUUGACAGCAUGGGUCAAAGGACUUUAGCAGAUUUGAUUAAUUUCAGUUGUUUCCAAAGACUCAUCAUGUUUUCUUAUUAGUUGAGUUUGAAGUGUUGGGAUUUUAACAUAUACUGAGAGUGUUUACAUAACAUAGUUUUGCCAUCCACCUUAUUCCUUGCUGGCUCAUGUAGAAAACGAUCAACGUCCGGUGAGAUACCGGAAAUAGUGCAUAAUCACUGGCUUCCAGUGUGAGGUUUUGUUUCUUGCAGCAGUUUUAUUUGAAUAUUUCAAGAGGAUUUUAAAUAUUAUUUGCCUCCCAAAAAUGUACUCGCGUGGCUCGGGAACAUGUUGCACUGUUUGCAGUUGUAUUAACAACCAGAGAAAGUUAAGUUUGUGGCUUCAAGAGCGAUGUUUGGAAUAUGCACUCCACUUUUGCUAUAUAUCAAUUCAUGAGGACCCAGUUAUUCUUUCACUGCAUUCUCAACCUGAACUAAAAAUAAUUCUAAAAUAUCUACAUAGACUUUAGACCCCAAAAAUAAUUUCAUUUAUUUAUGCUUUUAACAAGCAGACAAGUUCUUAAAAUAGAGCUCAAUGUUUAACAUUAUAUAUUAUCAAAUAUGUUGAUCAUCAUUAAACCUAUUGUAAAAAUGAUCCUCCUAAGGAUGGCAGUGGCAUGGCUGUAUUUCACUCCAUUUAUUUAUUUAUAGGCAAGGCAAGGCAGCUUUAUUUGUAGAGCACAUUUCAAACACAGAGGCAAUUCAAUGUCCUUUACAAUUAUCAGGACAUGAUAUGAAAACACAUAAAAGCACAAAUUAAAAUACACAUAGACGGAAUUACAGUUUAGAGCUAAAGGAGAAGACAAAGUUACAGCGCAGAUUACUGUGGAGACGACGCAUGAUAAGAAACGAUUGAUGAGUACGUUAGGGUUUUUAGUUUUGUUUUAAACACUCGGGUUGGGGCAGAUCUGAGGUCAUGGGGAAGCUGAUUCCAUAUGUGAGCAGCAUAGUAGCUAAAAGCGUCUCCACCAUGUUUUGUUCUGACCCGAGGUUCUACCAGCUGAUUGUUUCCAUGGGAUCUCAGAGCCCUAUUGGGUGUGUAUACAGGAAUGAGAGCGGACAUGUAUUUUGGUCCCAUGCUAUUGAGUGAUUUAUAAACUAGUAGGAGCACUUUGAAAUCUAUUCUGUAGUUUUUCUGGGAACCAGUGUAGGGAUCUAAGAACAGGAAUGAUGUGCUCCGUUCUCUAAGUUCUUGUUAAGACUCAAGCAGCAGCAUUCUGAACAAGCUUCAGUUGCUUCACAGCUUUUUUGGGAAGACCAGUCAGCAGACCAUUGCAAUAGUCUAGCUGACUAGAAAUAAAAGCAUGAAUAAGUCUGGUCUGGACAUGAGUUCUCUGAGUCUUGAUAUUUGAAGGUGAUAAAACGCUGAUUUAGUUAUAGCCUUAAUAUGUCCAGAGAAACUCAGGUCUGAGUCAAUAAUUACACCAAGAUUUCUAAUGUGGGUCUUUGUCUUUAUUCCCCUGGAGUCUAGCUGAGCAACAACAUCCAUUCUAUUCUUCUUGUUGCCAAAGACAAUAACUUCAGUGUUGUCUUUGUUUAGAUGAAGGAAGUUUGACUGCAUCCAGUUGUUUACUUGCUCUAGGCACUGACAGAGUAAGUCCAGUGGAGUAGUGCCAUCUCCUAUGGUGUAUAAAAAUGACCCACCCAGGUCAGUGAUUACAGUUGGUUCAAAGGGGGCCCAGUGACAUGAGGUCCACACCAUGAGGCUGGAAGUGGGUGACAUGUUUCACGCUAGGACUCAUGGGAGAAUAAGGUAGACAGCCUUACUCAUUUAAAAGACAUAACAGUUCUGCAAUUCUUAUAGCAGUGUUUGUGAAAACACUUCGGACAUUGCUGAUGUUAGCUAUUUUAAAUGGUUGGUCACUUCCUGGGUGGAGUCGUAGUUUACCCAUAAUUCCUGUUUUAAAAAUGCGCCUAAAGGAGGCACUGCCUUGUAGAUCGAGAGAGACAUUCAGUGCGUUUACAUGCAGCCAGUAACCCUUUUAAAACCCGAAUAUUCACAAUAACCCGGUUCCGCAGGUCCGUGUAAACACCGCCAGAAACCUGGAUAUGCUCAUAACCGGGUUUUUAAAAACCCGGUUACUACACCUGGGGGUAACCCUUUUAUAACCCGAAUGUUUGGUCGUGUAAACGCAUAUCGGGAUAUCCCCAUCAAAGCGUGUGUUCUGCGCAUGCUCUGUUCGCAAGGAAUCUUGGUCUUUUGAGUAGCGAGACGUCUUGUAUGCGCCAGAACACCGGAAGUAAACAACAAGUUGGGAGCAACAUGGCGAGUCGCGGCACAGCACCACACUUUUGGAGUGACGAGGAAACUAAAGCGCAAACAAACGCGGUCGCUAUCUCUUCCGAACUGGGAAACAUGUUGUUGUUUUCAUGGAUACUGGAACGAGAAGAACCGGAAAUGACGCAUAUUGCGUCUGGACGUAGUCCAUACGUUUAGACGCUACCACAACGUCCGCAUUUACAUCGGGUUAUGCAAGUUAGAGGUAACUCUUUCUAUUUAUGCUUGUAAACGGGUUAUUCUGAUCAACUCAGAAACCCAAAUGCCGACCUUAACCCGAUACCCGGAUAUUGGCUGCAUGUAAACGUAGUCAGUGACUGACAGAACCCCCCGCUAAGCCCCCCUGCGUGUGCUCUGUUAACAAUAGCACACCCGCAUGUGCACAGACCCGAGUGAUCGCUGAAACUGCAGACAGCUGUAGGGUUCUCCCUCCACCUCGGUCACUAGAAGACAGGGAAGAAGACACAGCUCUGAGCCGUAUUGUUUCGUAUCGACUUGUGAGUUGCAAAGCCAACUGGAGGCGUGGCCCAGACUCUGCUGCAGUCCAGUCCAGUUCAGUCACGUAAUAUGGUAUCGGCAACUCUUAGCCAACAGCAAUGGCUGAUUUACAAUCAGAGUAAGAGUUUAACCUGAAGACAGAGCACUAAUGACGGUUUUAGGUGGGACAUUUUGACCAACAUACUUUGCCCCCUAAACUUGCAAAAUUGUUAUCAUUAAAAAAAACUUCUGAAAAAUCACAAACCACUGAUUGUUCACAAAUUGCAAGGAGUCAGUGACAUAUUUUUUUAAAUCCAGUGAUCCAUCAGAGAUCGUGUCUCUGCAACAAAUCUUUAAGUGAUCUGUGCAGUGGAAGUUUUUAAGGACAUUGUAGUACAAACACUUGAUUAGAUAAUUUCGUAAUACUGUACAUUCCUACAGCACUAAAAUGGAGAUAGAAUGACAUUUUGCUCUUAACAGUUGUUUAUUAAAGUAGGCCAUGAAACAGCUGGGAUAAAGCUGUAACUCCAGCUCUUUCAAACUAAACGUUUAAUCACACAACCCACUCAUCAGAGCAGAGGCACUCAUCAACACAUAAUGAUAACCACUUAAGGAAGAUAUUUUGGAAUAUUUUCUGAUCUUUUCAUGUUUGGUGUUCUGCAAAUUAGUCUCAUGAUAUUUCAUAAUAACAUAGGAUGAUCCCUAAUAAUUUUCUCAGUUAAUAUGUUUUUCUAUUUUUUUGAGCAGAAGAACUGUCAACCUCAUGGUACAAAAUGGUUUCCAUUUUACAAAAAUAACAUUGAUGAAUUUUUAAAAUUAUUCCAACAUAUUAUAAAAUAUUCUUACUAGGACAGGAUUUUAAAGAUUCCUAACUUUCAGCACAACAAUUGAGUGAGAUCAAUAUAUGUAUAAUAUGUAAAUGUCAGAGGUCACUAUAAUACCCAAACUACAAACUAUUUUUUCGAGCUCUGUUGGUAUAGAAUAGUCUCAUCCAGGUUUGAAGAGUCUGGGUUUUGUAGUUUUAUAAUAAGAGAAGGUGAAAGUAGUUUAAAGAGAGGAAAAAGUAGUUGGAAAUGCCCAUUCUUAAUCAGGAAUCAAAAAUUGGAACCAACUUUAUUUUCUGAUGAUUAAAUAUUGCAGAUUCCGUUAGUGAUUUCAGUACGAAGAGGUGUUGAUUUAUGAGGAGGUUGGUGUUUAAAAUAUUGAAGAAGAAAAUAGUUUAAAAUAAUUGUUUUUGUUUUGUUUUUUCUAUUGCUUUAUGGGCAGAUUUAUUAUUAGUUUUUUAUAUAAUAUGUUUCUGUAUUUAUUUAUUGAUUUAUCUUUGUGUGAAUAUGCAUGCUCACAUUUAUCUCUAACUUGCUGCUGCCCCACCUGCAUUUCACUGUUGUUGUACAAUAAAAGACUGUGUUUAAAAUUAUGUUUUUAAUUUUUUUUUAGGAUCAUAGGUCCUUCCUACCAGCAGCUGUGAGAUUUUAUAACCACCACUGCUUCAAAAACAGUCAACUGUUAUUGCUGCUGCUUUUUGUGAUUUGCACGUUUUCUUUAGUUAUACUUACAUUCAUUCCUAUCACCACUGUACUGUUUUCCUUUCAGUCCCUGACAAUCUUCUGCUACAGUAUUUUAUACAUUAUUUAUUUUUAUACGUGAAUUCAAUUAACUCAGUACAGUACAGACUCUUCAGUCUGCUUUGUUCCACACCAAAGGAAAAUUAAUUAAUCUAUUCUACUUUUCUAUUCUAUCAACAGUGAAAAGCACAAAGCCUAUACAUUUGGUCAACAAAUCUUUUACUUUUAAGCAGUUUUUCUUUAAAUCCUGACAUUUUAUAUUUAAAUAUUCUAUUGGAUCUUUAAUUUUGCUUUUUCCUUUUCCACAGUCUUGCUUUUAGUUCCAGUCAGCUUGUGUUUCCUGACGGAAGAAAAAAAAAGACGGGAAUUCCGUGUAGGAUGUGAUGUUUACUGUUCUUUUGAGGGGGAACAAACACCAACAAGCGGGUAAACAAAUUGAAAGUCUUUAUGGCCUCUAACUGGACAGGAGGAGGAGUUAAGAUGGCGGAGUGAGCGGUAGCACUUUUGCAGGCUCUGGUAUUGAAAACGGAAUUGUCCUUGACUUUAAACCGUAAAAAACAACAAGAAGAUAAAAAGAACUGCAUAAACAACCCCUGAGCCCCACGGAACGUUAUUUUCCUCAAGGCUGACCACCAUUACUCUUUGGUUUUUGCUUUUUCCCUUCGACAACAUGAGCAAGAUGGCUAAAGGUAGCAUAACGGUUAAGGCUCAAAAGAUAACAGACCACGACUACAACCUAACAAGAAGCAUGUGAAGAAGAAGAAAUUGAAGAAAUAGAG